AAUUAAAACACAAUUCGACGUUUCAAAACAGAAAAAAUAUGUCAAAUUUUAGUGCAUCGGGGAAGCCAGCUGACCGCGGUUAUUUUUUAUUCUUUUUGUUUACUUUACAAUAAAUUUAACAAGCACCAUGUCGUCGCCAACCAAAAGUUCGGAAUUGGAGCUCGGCGACACAGGAGAUAUAGACAUAACUCUACUGACUCUACGCAAACCGACAGAGUUGAAGAAAGUCAUAGAUUCCGUACCGAAACCAAUACGGGCUGUGCCGAAAAAUGGGCUCCCGUUGUGGUACAGACUCGGACUUGAAAGUAAGCUACCGGUUCCGAAGAUGCCAGAGGGAAAAAUAGUGUUUUCACGCGGCAAGAUUGGAGAAGAUGUGCGUCGUGUCGGACUCGGCAGCGACGCUCCACCUCCAACGUUCGAUUUAACGGACCCAUACUGCAACAACGUUUCAUACGACUAUGUGGCCCUGCACGACCCACACUUGGCCCAUCACUUUGCCCAGAAACAUGCGAGGAAUCGGAUGAAACUCCUGGGCUACUGCACGAAGGACGGUCGAGCGGUGUGCUCUCUGAAAGAAUUCAAUCAAUACAGAAAGUAUCUUUACAACCAGUUCAUGGAUAGAAUUCAUAUGGAGAUGAAGAAAAUAGAUGAGCGGGCCCGUGACGACCUGACGCUUAAGAAAGUGGAGGUGGACGUCCUUCGACGACUGCAGGUCUUCAUCAAAGCGGAACGUGCAAGAGAGCACAUGGAAAAGGUGGCGAAGGAGCAUGCUGACGAAUGGGCCGAGAAAAGGAGACUGGCAAAAGAACAAGAAAAAAAAAUACAAGAGAGGAUGAAGUAUCUGGCCGAAUUCAACGAGAAGCAGCGAAAAGAGCGCGCAUCCAAAGCGUGGCAGAAGCAAAAUCGCAUCAAACAGAGGGUACAGGCUGCGGCCGAGAUGGAGCUACGACGGAAAAUCACCAUGAUUCGACAGUGGAGGACCAAUGAAAGGAAACGGUUAAAUCGAUUGAAGCAGGACAGAGAAGCAAAACAAAAGUGGAAAGAAGAAGACGCGAACAAUAAAUGGAAGGCUCGUGUGGAAGCGCAGAACCAAAAAAUACAGGAAGAAGCUAUUCUAUUGAAACUAUACACUGAUGACAUGAACGCCGCUGCUAUGCGAAGGGCGAAGAGAGCAGAAAUCUACGCUUACAACACCGAUUUGGAACUCCAACGUCUACGAUUGGCGAAUUUCAAACUAAUGCACGGGGGCAACGUGAAGGCUGCAAAACUUGUGCGAAAAAUGGGAGUCGAGUUCGAAAAAUCUAAGCGAGGAGCAAAAGGCAUGUGUAUCGAGCUAGCGCAGCGGUUAGCCUCAGAAGCUAUGACGAUGGCGAUGUCAACGCAAGGGGAUGCGCUGAUGACCCUCGGUCAGGCUCGCACUAGGAUGGACAUUGAGACCAUACUGCCCAGUGCACCAGUGAAAUUAUUGGACGAGAUACUCGAGUCAGCAAUCAGGGAGUUCGCUCGGAGGCGCGUACAUUUACUGCUGCGUGGCAUUCAACGAAUGGUGCGAUCAAGGGCUGCGGUUGUCUUCUUCGAGAACAUACGACCGGCUCCUAAGAAACGGGCAUCAAAGCAGCCGCGGUGGGUUCACCAAGUAGCGUCUGAGCUGAGUAGACAAAUCGGCGGGACAGGUGGACGCAGUGGCUCCAUCGCCUUCGGUGAAGUAGAGAACAUUCCGCCCAUCACGAUCUCUGAGUUUGCGAUGAAAAGUGUUAAAGAUAGACCUCCUACACCUGUGCCAUCCAAAACGAAAUUGGCAGAGGUGACAUUCAUAGAUCGUCUUGAAGACUUACCAGACCCAAUCGCUCACGCGAGCUACUUACCUGAGAGAAAGAAACUGCUUGAGAUGGUGAAUGCUGCAGCGAGACAGAUCUCGCGUAUAGUUAAUCAGCGUGUGCACGAUGGCAUGGACGUUACGAUUGGCACAGUGACUCUACCACACAUGAGGCACCCCAUGGAAUGGGGCGAAGCAGUGGAGGCGCUGGCUUCAGCGGUCAUUGAUAACAGAGUGAACAAAGAUAAUGCGGAUAUUCGACGCGUAAGCGAGUUCCUGGUGCACCGGAUACUGAGGUCAUUGCUACUGGAAAUGAAGGAGGAGAAAAUGAAGAUGAAGCAAAGGACUUCGUCUGAAGAGAAAAAAGAUUUCUACGUUCCCAAUAAUGUUUCGGCCGGCUAGUUUUUCACUUUUCAGUAAUUACCUACUUAAUUGAAAUUUUUACGGCUAUCAAGCCUAACUAAAAGAUGUAGAGCAAAAUGCUCUUUUUAUACUGUCGUAAUUAUUAUUUAGUUAUCAAUUUACUUGAAUAUUCUUUGUAAAUUUAUUUUUGAUUUUAACGAAAAAGAUAUACUUAAGUACCUACUAUU